AUGGACGCCCAGGUCUCUCUCCCGGCCCUCAUCCGCAGGAAGCGGGACGGCGAGCGGCUGCGGGACGAGGAGAUCCAGAGCUUCGUGCGCGGCGUGACCGAGGGCUCUGCGGAGCAGGGCCAGAUCGGCGCCAUGCUGAUGGCCAUCUGGCUGCGGGGCAUGGACGCGCAGGAGACGCUGGCGCUGACACGCGCCAUGGCGGCCUCGGGCCGGCUGCUGGCCUGGCCGCCGGGCUGGCGGGGGCGGCUGGUGGACAAGCACUCGACGGGCGGCGUCGGGGACAAGGUCAGCCUGGCCCUGGCCCCUGCCCUGGCUGCGUGCGGCUGCAAGGUGCCCAUGAUCAGCGGCCGCGGGCUGGGGCACACCGGGGGCACGCUGGACAAGCUGGAGGCCAUCCCCGGCUUCUGCGUCUCCCAGAGCCCUGAGCAGAUGCAGAGCAUCCUGGAGCAGGUGGGCUGCUGCAUCGUGGGGCAGAGCAAGGAGCUGGUGCCGGCUGACCGGGUGCUGUACAGCCUGCGGGACGUCACUGCCACCGUCGACAGCCUCCCCCUCAUCACAGCCUCCAUCCUGAGCAAGAAGGCGGCGGAGCAGAUCUCGGCGCUGGUGCUGGACGUCAAGUUCGGGAGCGCGGCGCUGUACCCGACGCUGGAGAGCGCGCGGGAGCUGGCCCAGAGCCUGGUGGCGGUGGGCGAGGAGCUGGGCAUCCGCACGGCGGCCGUGCUGAGCAGCAUGGACCAGCCCCUGGGGCGCUGCGUGGGCAACUCGCUGGAGGUGCUGGAGGCGCUGCAGUGCCUGGAGGGAGGCGGCCCCGCUGACCUGCGGGAGCUGGUGACGGUGCUGGGCGGGCUGCUGCUGUGGCAGUGCGGGAUGGCCCCGACGGCGGAGCAGGGCCAGGAGCGGCUGGCGCAGGCGCUGGACGACGGCUCGGCCCUGCGCACCUUCGAGGCCAUGCUGGGGGCGCAGGGAGUGCCCCCCGACACCGCCCGCCUGCUCUGCGCGGGGACCCCCCAGCAGCGCCGCCAGGUCCUGGGGCAGGCGGGCACCCGUGAGGAGCUGCUGGCGCCCCGCGAAGGCACGGUGCGGCGGAUCGAGGCGCUGCCGCUGGCCCACGUGCUGCACGAGCUGGGGGCCGGCCGGACGCGCGUCGGGGAAGCCAUCAACCCCCGCGUGGGCGCCGAGGUGCUGGUGGCCGUGGGGCAGCACCUGCGGGAAGGGGAGCCCUGGCUGCGGCUGCACCACGACGGGGCGCUGAGGGCAGAGCAGCGCCAGGCCCUGCAGGACGCGCUGCUGCUGGGCACCGGCACCGGCACCGGCACCGCCGCGCCCCGCGUCGCCGAGACCGUGCUGCCCCGCGGCGCGCCCUGA